AUGGCAAAGAACUUCGGCUUCCUGGCAGUCCUCAUGAUGGCGGUUGUUCCCAAUGCUGACAAGCAUCGUCUCUGCGCCUGUGUGAGAGACCAGCCUCCUGCAGGCAUGAUCAUUGACGACGAAGCCACAAAGGCUGUUGUCAACGGUUCUGAUGAACGAUUUGUGUACAGUGAGUCAGCAAUCUUCGUGGGAGUUCCGAUCCUCUCUUACAGUUUCCAAAAGGUGAAGCUUGGUGGUACAUCAGACUCCACAAUGCUCCCCACGAUGGGUCAUACGUAA